GGGAUACCAAGGCUGUGCAAGGACUCUGCCCUGACUGGAUUGCCUGUGCCUGGCGAGCACGAGAGAGAGAAGGAGGAAGAUGGACCGACAACCCAACCACACGAUCCGUGACUGGCAUACAGUGUCCCCAGUGCCUGUAGAGAGCACGGUCUAUGGGGAUGGACACAAUGGGACCAGGUGCUUUGCAGAACACAUCCCUGAAAUUGUCACCGGUAGCAUCACGCUGCUCGUCUGCCUGUGUGGGCUGGUGGGGAACGGGGCCAUCCUCUGGCUCCUCGGCUUCCGCAAGAGGAACCCCUUCACCGCCUAUCUCCUGAACCUGGCCGUGGCCGACGCCUGCUUUCUCCUCUGCACAUCGGCUUUCCUUAUAAUAUAUCAUAUGCCCAUGCUCAGCUGCUUUCAGCCAGAGCUUUUGCGGGUGCUGCCGCUAUUUCACUCCAUGGUUCUGCUCAUGUACAGCACCAGCCUCUACCUCCUCACGGCCAUCAGUGUGGAGAGGUGCGUGAGUGUCCUCUGGCCCUUCUGGUGCCGAUGCCACCGCCCGAAGCUGCUGUCAGCCGUCAUGUGCAGCCUGCUGUGGGCCCUCGCCUGUGUUCUUGCCGGGCUGGUGUACUUUGUGUGUGACCUGGGUCACUCGGAACACUGCUGGAUGGUUCUUGGAACCUUGUGCUUUCUUAAUUUCUGCUUUUUCACUCCCUUUAUGGUUCUUUCCAAUGUGAUCCUUUUCAUCAAGCUUAGGCGUAGCUCUUGGCAACACCACCCAGCGAGGCUGUACACUGUCAUCUUCCUCACUGUUUUCUUCUUCCUCCUCUUCGGCAUCCCGCUCAGUGUCCAGAUCUUCCUCAACUUCUUUGUCUACAUUAAUUUUGUCUUUGAGAUCUGCCUGUUGCUGGCCUCUGUCAACAGCAGCAUCAAUCCAGUUAUUUACGUCCUGGUUGGGAGCUACGGAAAGUCCAGGUUCAGGGGAUCCGUCAAAGUGGCUCUUCAGAGGGUCUUUGAAGACAGGGCAGAUUCCCAAGAGGUGGGUGAGACUCCUGUGAUGGGAAUUGCUGCCUAA